GGGUGGGGUGGCGGUUUGGCCAUUCCCUCCCGCGGUAAGAAGCAUGACUUCGUCCCUCUUCCCAUGAUUUUCAAAUCCUCUCCUCCUCCUCCUCGUCAUCGUGAUCCCCAGCCGCCGGAUUGCUGGAGGGCGCGAGUCACUCUCGAGGACUUGUUACCCGCGCUGCUGCUUUACGAUGACCUUCCGCCGCCACCGAGAAUCCCUCCCCGCUUGACCCUUCCUCACUCCACAUCCCGACGACUACUGUGGUACGGCGAAAACGACAUCUACUUGUCUUCCAAAGACGGGUGGCUCCUCGUCACGCGCCCCAAACCAUGCGCACCGAUCGAGCUCUACCUCCUCAACCCCAUCACCAAAUCCACCGUCGCCCUCCCUCCAAUCCCUUUCCGCGCACGUCAUGACAGGCGUCCUCAGCUCCUCCCCUGACGCUGCCGGGGAUUGCCACGUGUUCCUUGUGUUGAAGGGUUUGAGCGUCACAUUGGCGUGGUGCAAGGCCGGUAGUAAUUAUGAUUGGAAGGUGAUGAGUAGCGAAUCAUGGUACCUCAAUCACUGGGCCCAGGCCGCCAACUACGUCGGGGGGAAACUACCUAUGCGUCGUGGACAGCGAGCAAGUUCACAUUCUUUCCAACCUCACGGCGGAGGCGGAGGCGGAGAGGUGGUCGUUCCCGCUCCCUUGUUCCAUCUCAGAUUGGAAUAUUACUCCUUGCAGAAUCAAUUACUACUUGGCCGACCUCUGCGGCGGACUCCUCCUAAUCUUGCUCAUCAAUCAACGUUCUUACCAUGG